AUCUACACUACGCUCUGCCGUGACUUCCUCCUUUGCCUCCGCUUCCAGUCAACAAGCAUGAAGAGCAUGCGCUUCGUCCAAAGAAAUGCUCUACGACAAUUUCUCGAUGCGCGUCCGGCCCUGCGACAGGUGUUUACCAACCUCGAACGUCAAUCUAUUUCGCAAUCGCCCUUUCGAACGCGUCCAUUGCGGUUACAGAACACUGUGACGAGAGGGUUACAUAUACAGCGAUUUUCUAAUAGUACGAGAUCGAGUCCUUUCGCGCCGCGGCCAAGGACGCAGGCAAGAAGAAUACCACAUGCGAAAGAAGGAAGACGAUGCAACUCAAGCAGCACGACACCGGCCAGCGAGGGCGAGAAACUGUCCAUCUCCCAACGCAUGAAAAAGCUGUCCCGCGAAUACGGCUGGUCGGCGCUCGGUGUCUACUUGCUCCUAACCGCACUGGAUUUCCCGUUUUGUUUCCUCGCGGUGCGCAUGCUGGGCACAGAUCGCAUCGGGCAUUGGGAGCAUGUGGCACUGACGUGGAUCAAGGGUCUGGUGAGUUGGCCUUUCCCGGAAAGGGAGAGGGAAGUCAUCGAAGGAGCUGGGGACCUGGUGGAGGCGCAGGUCCUGGGAGAUGGAGCGAAGAAGAGGAUACUGGAAGAGGAGAGUCGAGCGGAGUAUAAGAGUCAGGAGGCCAAGGUCGAGGUCGAGGAUCAUGGGUACAGGGAGGCUGAACAGGCGAAUGCGGGAAGUAAUGCGAGCCUAUGGACACAACUCGCCCUCGCGUACGCGAUUCACAAAUCAUUCAUUUUCAUCCGGGUUCCGUUGACGGCGGCCAUCACGCCAAAGGUGGUCAAGACGCUGAGGGGCUGGGGGUGGAAUAUUGGCAAAAUGCCCAAGAAGAGCGUUACGGGUGGGAGUGGCUCAGGCUCAGGCUCGUCGAGCGCCUCGGGAGUCAAUACAAAGGGGUCGAAGGUCAAGCCUGAUGAUUGAUUGAGCAAGCAUAGCACAGCACAGACAGCACAGCACCCCUCCCUACCUUAUGGACGAAGCGAUGGGCUGAGCAAGAAGGGCAACUCUUCACUCCUCUCUCCUCUUCAAGAUUGUGCCCACCAACGGACAAUUUUUCUGUCAAGUGUGGUGCACGUGUUGCGACAUUGCAAGAUAUUGUACAGAAUUAAUCAAGGGUGCGAAUGGAGGCGCUUCCUUCGCUCAUGGCACAUUCAUUUACUUUUCUUGUUCGAUACUGUACACCAUG